ACCGGUUAUCGAGAGCGGCGGCAGUGGCGGGAAGGUCGAGCACGGAGAAUGUUCUCCUCAAACGCUGAAUUUUGUUCUGGGUUCGCUCUCACUUCUCAAUUCUGGUGCUCUACUCUGCACUCAUUUGGUUUUUGAGCUUUUCUGUCAACUAACCCAAACCUUAUAAACCCUAACACUAGCAAUGGCGAUGGAUGCAUCCGCAACCAACAAUCUCGACGACUACUCACCUUCUUCAACCGUCAUCAAGUUCGACCGGUCCAUCCCUUUACUUCGAGGACCGUUACCGGCGGAUCCUUCCGACGACCAAUCGGCGGGGCCAUACGUCCUGGCCUUCAGAGACCCGCAAGCUUGGGCCUCUUCAUUCAUAGCUUGCGAGCGCAAGAUCGUUGAGCAGUGUGCGGAAGGGGCAAGGAUUGGUUGCGCCAUCAGCGCUUCCAGCAAGUGUAAGCCUCCUUGGUGGAAGGCUCUAGUGGGUCCCAAACCCAAACCCUCUGAUCUUAGGGAGAGGGAGCUUUGCGAGGAGCGCGAGAUGGAGGAUUGUUUCGCUGCGGCGAAGGAGAAAUGUGUUGGUUUCGCUAGGGAUAAGUGUUUGGUUCCCUUCAGGGAUGCGCGGAUUAUGGUUAGGGGAAGGUGUUUGAAUUCGAAGGAAGCUGUGAAAUUGAUUCAUUGGGUAUCAGUACCUGAGAGGAGGAGCUCGUGGGUUAUGAGUCAAAUGGGUUCUAGGUGCCUGUUUGGUAGUGAAUUCGCAGUGACGAAUUGCAGGGCUAGUGAAUUGCUGGGAUCUGAUGAUUGUGUGAAAUGCAUUUUGGGUGAGCGGCAACAAGGCACCGAAAACUAAAGCAGUGUUUUGAAUGAGGAAGCACAUUCGGUAUAAUUUUGCCGCCUAAUAGUGGAGAAAUUAUCAGAAUCGCCAUCUCGUAGAGUUUUGGGGAAUUAAGCAUCCAGGUUUUUCUUCACUCUUUUUUUGGAUUGUGUUCUGACUAUUAUUUUAUUAGUAAGUUACAAAGAGGUCUUCAUUUGUGUAGUGGAAUCAUAAAAAAUAUAAUAUAGUCCCAUCUAUUUUAAUACUGCAUAUGGUGAAGUACACAGAGGUUAGUUGGAAUCUAAUUGAAUUGAAUCUGAAAACUAUAUCCACUAAAUACUUCCUUUUUACCAUGCUGUUUUAUUGUUUUUCUGCUUGUUCAAUUUUUACCAUGCUCAAUGGAAGCCUGACCUUUGUGGAUUGCAACCAUACGGUCUUUUACUAUUUAUUUUUUUUUAAUAUUUUUUUUCUUCUCUUGCAUGGUUGGUUAUUAAUGUUGAAGGGGAUUUUGAAGGUAAUAUUUCAUCUUCUAUAAGUUGUAAAAUUUUUGAGUCUGCAUAUUGUCAUUGACUUGCUCUUGGAGUUGUUUGAUUGGGUUUGGCAUGAGGUUUCAUUGUUAGUUCAGUAGACAUUCUGCCUCGAUUAUCCUUACUGUUUGUGUCUAUGGUUGGUGAGUUCAGCCCAAUUCUGAGAUGUGAGAUUCAUUACAUCUUGUACAUGUUUAUUCGUAUAGUGG